AUGCCGAACCUCGAUAUGCUGCUCCUCGGGCAACGCAGAGGAGAGGAAGGGCUGAACGACCUGCGCUACACUAUUCUCACCCAGGGCAUCCCCGCCAACAGCGAGGGCAUGUCCGAAUUGCGCAUCUACAUCUGGCUCAUCUUGCUCAAUGCGCCUCCGCUCAAGACCGACGUCUACCUCGACCUCGUCCGCCAGGGUGCCUCGCCGGCGCACACCAAGAUCCUGAACGACGCCUUCCGCACCUUCCAGGGCGAUCCGCUCUUCCGCCGGCGCGUCACGCAGAACAGCAUCACGCGUGUCCUCAACGCCGUCGCGUGGCGAUUGAACGACGCGCACGAGGCACGCGUCAACGGGUGGCAGUCCCCACCCACUCUAUCUGAGUUCGGCGGCAGCCCCGACACCGCCUUGCUAUCGCGCCAUUCAUUCACCACCAGCGCACGGACGGACGCGUCAACCACCAACGACGCUGAGCAGAUUGGCUACGUGCAGGGUAUGAACGUGCUGUGCGGUCCAUUCCUGUAUGUUGCGCGAAGCGAGGUCGAAGCCUUCACUGGCUUCGAGAGGCUCAUCACUCAGGAGUGCCCGGGUUAUGUAAGAGGCUCAAUGGAGGGAGUGCACAAAGGCCUGGCAUUGGUGGACAGAGUGCUCGAGGUGGUGGAUCCGAAGCUGUACAUCCAUCUUAUGAACAACCAGAUGGAGGCCAGGAUAUACGCCUUCGCGUCCGUCCUGACCAUGUGCGCUUGCACGCCGCCCUUGCCAGAAGUGCUCCGGCUUUGGGACUUUCUGUUUGCCUACGGCGCUCAUCUGAAUAUUCUCUGCAUUGUCGCACAGCUGGUCCUGAUUCGCGGCGACCUCCUGAGGAGCCCAAGCCCAAACCAGAUCUUGCGAAGCCUCCCGCCUCUGAAUGCGGCCGACAUCAUCCAGGUCGCUCUGUCCUUUGCGGGUAAGAUACCAGAGGACAUGUACGAGGAAUUGAUCAACCAUGCGAAGUGA